AUGGCAUGGAAGAUAACUCCAAAAGUGGCGAUUGUAGUUUUGAAAGUCACGACCGCUUUAUGCUUUUCAUGGCCUCCUCCAAAGACCGCUAGUAGAUUUCAGGUCAUACGUUUCAAAAUUUUGCGCUUCUUAUUCUGCAUGAAUGUGAUAAUACUGAUUGUGCCUGUGAUAUACACUCUUUAUUAUAAUGACUAUGAUUUAGCAAAGAUAACGAAGCUGUGGUGCUUAUUGGGAGCCUUUAUACAAGUCCCUGUGGAAAUAACACUGUUCGCUUUACAAUAUGAUCGUUUGCAAGAUUUAAUUUCAGAGAUGGAACAUAGUUUCGAAUACGCGGAAGCGCACGAAAAAGACGUAUAUCAACGAUACACGAAUAAGUGUGUGCCGUUUUACGCAUUCUCCAUAUUUUCGGUUUUUCUCACCGCGCUUGCAACAGUAGCUGUACCUCUGAUAACGGUCAAUCAGACUUUUCCAACAGAAGCAAGGUAUCCUUUCGAUGUGGAGCAUGAACCACUCAAGACUAUUAUCUUUCUGCAUCAGUUCAUCGUUGUUUGGCAGUGCUUCUCGAAUGUUUGUCACGGGGGUUUUAUUGGUAUUCUCAUAUGGUUUACUGCAGCGCGCUUCGAGAUCUUAUCCCAGCAAUUUCGCGCAGUUCGCGGACCUCGUGAACUCAUCACUUGUGUACGGGAGCAUAUUAAGUUGUUGAGGUACGCUCGAGAGAUAAUCGCUGCAAUUCGCUUAGUUAUGUUAUUGAUAAUAAUCAUUUGCUCGUGGGUGUUUGUAGCCAGUGGUUUAACAAUUAUAGGCCGAACAACGAUAGCAGACAAAACGCAAUUCAUUAUUCUAUCAACAGCUGCACUUAUGGAAGUCUUUGCUUGCGCGUGGCCAGCUGAUUACUUGAUGGACGCGAGUACCGAUGUUGCGCAAGCAGUAUAUAAUUCAUUGUGGUAUAAUGAAAGCAUUACCUUCCAAAGAAAGACAUGUUUUCUCUUACUGAGGAGCCAAAUACCAGUGGCCAUUUCGGUUUCCUCUUUUCUACCAGCCAUAUCGUUGCAUUAUUACGCGUCGUAUGUAUCAGCAGCUUUCUCUUAUAUAAUGACAUUGCGAGUAAUAUUCCUGCAGGACGACGCAGCUGAAAAUUAAAUUUCGGAGUUGCAUAAAAUUUUACGUAAAAUAAUGUUAUUACUAGUGAAAUUAUAAUACUGUUUUACAUAAAAGAACACUAAUAUGUUGUUAGC